AUGCCAUGUACAGAUACUGUGGAAGCUGAGGUGGGGACGGAGGUGUUUGUGGACCAAGACUUCUCUGAGGUUCUCAAGGAUCCCACAGCCAAUGCUCACAAAGACUUCAGCAAUUCUUUCCAGAGUAAGUUCGUCCUGGAGAUGAUUUUCCCAGGACCUAUGACCCCUGAUGUCCCGACUUUCAGCAUGGGCAGCAUCGUGGUGAACUACAUCGUCCUCUUGAAGCUGCCCUUCAGCGCCCAGCUGAGUGAGGAAUAUGAGAAAGUGAAGGAGGUUCUGAGAGAGGAGCUCCAUGGUGCCAACCAGGACCCCGACAGCUGCCAGAGCAACCAGACCCUGUGCUUUAAGACCAACUCCAUCAAGGUGGAUAACUCGGUCUUCACCCCCCUCACCCCCGCCCACGCCCCAGACCUCUGUCAACGCGCUGCUACUGAGGGCUAUGAGAUAUACUCCCCCCUGGAGAACAACAAGCUCCACUGCGUCACCAACUUCUCCGCAGGCCUGCCUAACGCCAUUGACUGCAACUUGGGCCGGUGCAUCCUGGAGAAGAGCGGGCCCACCUGCCCCUGCUUCUCCUCCACGCACUGGUACUCGGGCCCGCGGUGCAAGGUGGCCGUGUCCUGGAGGGCGCUGGUUGGCGGCCUGGCGGGGGCCGGAGCCGUGUUGCUGCUGCCACUGGGAAUGGCCGUGGGCUUCUACGUGGUGCAACAGCAGAGGGCAGGCCACAGUUAUGGCGUGGGGACAGAGACCAUGGCGGGGGAGUGGGACAGCAAAGUUGCCCCCUAUGGGACAGUCAUGCCUGAUGAGUGCUGCUGGACGCAGACUCUGGGAAGACGAUUCGAUUUGGUUCGAUGA